CUCGCGCUACUGUCACAAUAUCCCGUAUAAUUGUCUGGCUCACCGCUGUUCUGUUCUCUGAAUAAGUCGGCCAGAAGUUUAUCGAAUGGCAGCUCAACCGUACAAAGACACAAAAGGUGCUCCCGAAGAGGCGCAAAUACACAGGAUCAGGAUUACACUCACCAGCAAGAAUGUGAAGAGUCUGGAGAAAGUGUGUUCUGAUCUCAUUCGUGGAGCGAAAGAGAAGCAGCUGAAGGUAAAGGGUCCUGUUCGAAUGCCGACAAAGUAUCUCCGCAUCACGUGUCGCAAGACACCUUGUGGUGAGGGAUCGAAAACGUGGGAUCACUAUCAAAUGAGGAUACACAAACGCAUCAUCGAUCUUCACAGUCCGUCCGAGAUUGUCAGGCAGAUCACAUCCAUCAGUAUCGAGCCGGGUGUCGAGGUGGAAGUAACGAUAGCUGAGUAAUGUGACCAGACUUGUAGUUUGUUGUAAGAUCAUUCAGCUGUCGGAAAGUGUGACCGUUAAUACAUCUUGUUGCUCCUGA